AUGCUCGCGUAUCUAUUUAUCCAGCUACUCGCUGCUCCUACUCUCGUUCAAUUUGGCCCUCACAACCGUGAGAGGGAAAGAGAGCAUAACAUUACGUCCGAUACCCAUAUCCCUUCCUGGGGACGGGUUGCUAUCGCGAAACCCCGCUCUGGGCCACUACAGAAUACGGACCUCCGCUUCCGAAUUAGCCAAAUCAAUGCCCCCGACCUCGUCGGCCCAGUCGUAUCUCUGCUACUAGCCGUUGAAGCACUAUGGCAAUACGUUGGUACCAGUGCAAGUCUUGCUCGUAUUACUUCCCUUGACCACGCCGGUCUGAUCGACUUCCGUGCCCGCUUCGUUGAAGGGGACCCGCGAGUGGUACGCGCGAUGCGUGAGGGGCUCGGCGCUUCUCUUAACGCCGUUCUGGAUGCCACUGCUUUUGCUGAGGGCCUUAUGCUCGUCGAUCGAUGCAUUGAGACAAUGAAGGACGAGACAGUUAAGGCAGAAGUUGGGGCAAUCGCUUACGAAGACUUAUAG